AUGAAUUUGAAGACCAGGAAUAGACGGUUAAGUGGCAACAGAAAAAGCUUCAAGCUGGCAGGCGAAGGAAUUCGACGGGGCCGCAACGGGCUGCUGGUAGACGCUCCGUUCUACACGGAGCGGGAGGACAGCGGUAUCGACAGCGAUGAUGCUGCCUACCGUGGUCAGUGGCCCAUCUGUAACGGAAGAGGUGAUGCGAGUGACCAGAGUGGUAGCGAGGAGGAGCCAAUUGUGAAACAGCCGUGGAUGAGGGGCAAGACCAAUGAACAGAUAUUUUUUAAAGCAAGGGCCGAGCAGCAGCAGCCAGAAUCAGAUCACGGGCACGAUGUCCUCUGGGAAUUGAAACGCAUUCGUCAAGAAUUCAUCAAUGGUUGCGAUCACCUUGACACUGAUCGAGGUUCUUCGCCACUCUUCGAAAUCGAAUUGACGGCGUCAGACGAAGAUGAUGACACCUCCGUGCUAGAACUUGUGAUCCCUAUGCAACCUUCAAAAUACCAGAGGGUGCCAACAUCUUCGCCGAUGAAAGCUGUACCGGUUGCCCCGACCUUUUUCUGCAACAUGUUCUGCUGUCUGCGUAAGUGAAUCGUUGUUCAGUUGUUUUGUCUUUUUAAGAUUGGCAAAUAUUUUGUAAGGUACAGUCAAGAGCACAUCAAACUUGACACUUUGUGCUUUGGACCGUUCUUGUCGUAAGCGGCAUAGAGUUGGAUUUAAGUCUUAAGUGUCAAACUUGACGUGCUCUUGACCUUGUAUCUCGCUAUUUUGUGGAAUUCAAUUUUAAUUUUUUCACUUAGUAACACAUAUAUCGCUUUGAAAGGCGUCAACUUCCAGCGUAAGUUUUGUAUUUUUUAUUAAU